GUCACCUCUCAACGGGGGUUUAAUCCGUGCUGUCAUGGACAAAUAUCGACCAAAGAGACCCACCACGCUAGCUCUUAUACCACACCGAGCUGGCACCCAGGACACAAUAAACAACAACUCUUCGGGGAAGAAAGACAGCUGGAAGGGCUCCAGGUCUUCAUCCUCACACAUUACAGGGGCUCGAACACAAAGCGAUCAACCAAAAGCAGAGGACAAAGUCAGACCUUGCACCCGCCGCCCUGCCCCUAAACCGCCAACCGGCAGCACAUCCAAUGGCAGAGCCAGCACUCAAGCUGCAGCUGGCGGCACACAUGUCCGUCCACGGGAAAGAGAGCCGCCAGGGGCCAUGCACACUAAGUCAUUCAUAGCGCCAAGCAGCCAACGGAGAGGGGGAGCAGUGGGAGGAGGCAGAGGAAGAGGAGAAGGGAGAAACUUGGGGGACAUCAGAGGAAAGGAUGGAGCGACAUCAGCGAAGGAAGAAAGAAGAGGAGGAAGACUGUGUGAUGAGUCCAAAGGCAAGGAGAAAGAGAAAACCAUCAACUACAGACCUAAAGAAUCAAAUCGACCAAAAAGCUCGGCGGCAGAUGGAAAAGGGAAACUAUGUGCUAAAGGGGAAAACAAAGGAGGGAAGGGGAAACUCAACCACUCACUGUCCAACCAGGUUUACUUAACAGCCAUGGUGGUCCCACGCACACCUGUAGCACCAAGAAAAGGGGACAAGAGCAAGGUUCAAGGCCAAAACCAUGACAGGAAAAGUCGUUCCCAAUCCAGUAGUGAUGGGGGGUCCAACAGAAUGUCCCUCAGCUCAGACACAGAGGGACCCCCACCAGAACCCCUGCAGCCCCCUCUUUCCCAUCGAGCUAACCCUGACAUCAGAGAAGAAGAGGGUGAAGGAGCGUUAUUUUCCACUGGGAAAGACCAUGAGAGUCCAGAAUCUUUACCCGAAGGUGACACAAAGUCAGAGACAGACUGUAUCCAAUCAGAGGGGGACCCAAGAGGAGGAAAGUGUGAUAAUAAGAGUGAAACUGAGAGCACCAAAUCUGUUUGUCUGGGCGAUCCUGCAGCUCCUCAGACUAAACCAAAGAGCGAAGCUUCUGCGGCGUUAAAUUAUGACUCUAUUAAACCCACGCUGGUGGUUGACGAGCACGCUCAUUUGGAGCUGGUCAGCCUCAAGGACUGCUUGCACAGUAAGAGCGGACACAAUGAAGAUAGCGAUGAAGAGACCGUCUAUCAGUCAGCCAAUGAGGAGGAAGACCCGGAGUAUAAGGAAGAGAGGAAGAAAAAAGAGGACGCCAAAAAGCAAGGGUGCAGGAAAGAGGAAGAAAUGAGAAGAAAGGAGGAGAAGAUGAAAGAAGACUUGAGGAGGAGAAGGGAGGAGGAGGUGAAAAGAAGGAGGGAAGUGGUGACGAGGGUCUGCAAGCACCCCAAGGCAAUAUCAGCCAAAACAGCAGAGGAAGAGGAAUCUAAUGGAGGAAAAGCAAGCGCACCCAGAAGCAAGAAGUUUUUAAACCUGUUUUCUACUGACAAGGACUACAGUUCCACUGGUGCAGGCUCAUUUAGCAUGUUUUCCUGUGUGUUGGAUGGAGUGGAGAGGCAGCAGAGCCAUAAGGCUGCAUACAGGUUUGUCCCCCGCCAUGCUGAUGAGCUGUACCUGGAGACAGAUGACCCGGUCUUAAUUCUCAAGCAGUCUGAGGAUCUGUGGUGUCAGGGUUACAACAUGAGGACAGGGGCUACUGGAAUCUUCCCUGCUUUCUACGCCGUCAGGGUGGCCAAAAAUACUACCAAAGGGCAAAAGGAUGGUUGGAUUGAACAGUUCCUGGUGCGAUUCUUGGGUUCCGUUCAAGUUCCCAUCCAAAAAGGCAACAAUGUGCUGUGUGCUGCUAUGAGGAAGGUUGCAUACAACAGGCGGUUAGCAGGACAGCCUCCCACAGCCUGUGUGCUCGAGGUCAGUGUGAGGGGUGUGAAAAUCAGUGUCCAGGACCAGUGUCACUCUGCUCACAGGGGAGAACAGUGUUUCCAUUUUUUCCAUUUGAAGAACAUCUCCUUCUGUGGCUGCCAUCCAAAACACAGCAAGUAUUUUGGUUUCUUCACCAAACAUCCUGACCAACACCGCUUUGCCUGCCAUGUGAUGAUGGCAGAUACAAGUUUACAUCCUCUGGCUAAGUCAGUUGGGAAGGCCUUCCAGCAGUAUUACAAAGAACACAUUGGCUACUCUUGUCCUACUGAAGACAUCUUUAUUGAAUAGCUCACCUUUUUUCCUCGUUGUGACAGAAUGUGUUAACUAUUGAUGAUGUGCACGUCUCGGAGGUCUAUUUGGGUAGAUUCAUCAUCCAGGUCAGUGUAAUCUACAAAGGCUGAAUUGAAGGCAAUUGGAAUAGGUACUGGACAAGUACAACACACAUAACCGUUUGUUACAUACAUAGGAGUUUUGCAAACACAAAAUCUAAAUGCACUGCAAACCCUGCAACACCCUCAGACACCGACAGUGUACAGUAUGUCCUACACUCGAGAGAAUAUAGACAAAUCUAAAUGCGACACCUAACAAACUGCUCGACUCUCACUUACUUUCUAUUUUCAAUUUAUCUUCCAAAUGUCAUAUAUUUAAGCCAGCAAACUAGCACAACAUCCUUAAUCAAUGAGUAGAUUUUUAUUCCCGGUUACGUCACAUGUUUGCGAGGCAGAGUUCAUAAGACUUAAAGAACUCGUAGCGUCAAGAUGAUCAAAAUUUCACUACGAAGUCCUCUUUAUAUAUGUUUUGCCCCUGAAAAUGAAUCGGGAAGUCAUUUCCCAUAAUAUCAAUUCGUUUUUGAGUAAUGAGUACAGAGCUAACUUUACUUGGAACGCCCGCUUUCCAUCGCCAGACUCGAUAUUACAAUUACAGAACUGGAGCCCAUUUCACUGACAGUGUGGAUAAAGUCAUAUAAAAUUAUUAUUUUGAUCAUUCACCAUAAUUGCAUGUUUUUGUCGCCCUGGUCCAUAAUUAUUUUUAAACUAAUAUGGUUGACAUUAUGAGCAAAAAAGAACUAUCAAAGAACUCCCAUUUUCGGACUUCCCUGCUCUUCUAUAGGCACAAUUGCUCGUGUUUCCUCAUUUUUCUGCAUUUCCUCAAGCAUCUUGAGGAAAACUAGAACACUGGCAUCUUUAUUGUUUUCCUCUCAUUUUUAAGUGCUUGAUCUGCUCUUUUCUCCAUUUUUUCAAAUUUUUUGACUCAGUCUUCCUUCCCUCGAGGGUGCUACUAAAUCUCGAGAUUGCAUUUGACUUGAGUCGUUUACAUUUUUUCCUUCCAAACUCAGAUCAAAAGCAUUAUUCUUCAAAGUCAGAAUCAUUCAAAUGAUUGCUGCAAAUGACACUCCUCUCGCUUGGUCUGUCCUAUUUUGUGUGAGUCAAUUUGACUGGAGAGAUCCAUACUUUCCUCAUAUUCCCAUCAUUUGGAAAUGUAUGCCGGCAGACCCCUUCUUUCGUUGUAUUGAUACAACCUGCAACAAUGCAUCUGGCAAAUAUCUUGAAAAUUUCCUUCAAAAAUCUGCCCGAAAAUAACGUGAUUCGGGAUGAAAAUGCUAUCAAAACAUAUAGGGCCUGAUUUACUAAAGGUUUGCAUGUACUAAAACACGUGCAAACCUGAUAGCACAUGCAAAGUUGAUCUACUAAACGUGUGCAAAGUGAGCAGAAUAAUGCCAUCCAUUUUGCGUCUCUGUCUUCAUUAAUAUGCAACACAUACGCAAAUAAUCAAAACACCCACAAUACAGGGAAGAGAAAAUGCAAAUAUAAUUAUUUAGCACGCGCAAUGUAAUUUAUCAACACUCAUAACUGUUUUGCGAGCACUAUUUGGCGUUUUAUUUAGCACGUGUCAGAAAGAUAUGCAAACUGACAGUUCAACACACCGCAUUUUGGACGGUCAGAAACAAAACAUAUUAGUAGAGAUGUCCGAUAAUAAUAAUUAUUAAAUUAUCAACAUAAAAAACACAAGAUACACUUACAAUUAGUGCACCAACCCAAAAAACCUCCCUCCCCCAUUUACGCUCAUUCACACUCAUUCACACAAAAGGGUUGUUUCUUUCUGUUAUUAAUAUUCUGGUUCUUACAUUAUGUAUCAAUAUACAGUAUAUCAAUACAGUCUGCAAGGGAUACAGUCCGUAAGCACACAUGAUUGUGCGUGCUGCUGGUCCACUAAUAGUACUAACCGUUAACAGUUAAUUUUACUCAUUUUCAGUAAUUACUAGUUUCUAUGUAACUGUUUUUAUAUUGUUUUACUUUCUUUUUUAUUCAAGAAAAUGUUUUUAAUUUAUUUAUCUUAUUUUAUUUUAUUAUUUUUUAAAAAAAGGACCUUAUCUUUACCAUACCUGGUUGUCCAAAUUAGGCAUAAUAAUGUGUUAAUUCCACGACUGUAUAAAUCGGUAUCGGUUGAUAUUGGUAUCGGUUGAUAUCGGUUGAUAUCGGUAUCGGUUGAUAUCGGUAUCGGUAAUUAAGAGUUGGACAAUAUCGGAAUAUCGGAUAUAGGCAAAAAGCCAUUAUCGGACAUCCCUACAUAUUAGACAUGUUGUUUAUUCAGCAAUUUCCUUUUAUAAUGUCAUUGCUGCUGGAUGACUUAUGGGGCUGAUUAGAACACAAUCAAUUGAUGCGUUUUGGUGUCUGCUGUUUUUUUAUUUAUUUAGUAAAUAUAUAUGCUCCAGCCCCACUUCAACCCUAAAAGGGACAAGCGGUAGAAAAUGGAUGGAUGGAUUACUAUAAUAUACACUACCGUUCAAAAUUUUGGGGUCACAUUGAAAUGUCCUUAUUUUUGAAGGAAAAGCACUGUACUUUUCAAUGAAGAUAACUUUAAACUAGUCUUAACUUUAAAGAAAUACACUCUAUACAUUGCUAAUGUGGUAAAUGACUAUUCUAGCUGCAAAUGUCUGGUUUUUGGUGCAAUAUCUACAUAGGUAUAUAGAGGCCCAUUUCCAGCAACUAUCACUCCAGUGUUCUAGUGGUACAAUGUGUUUGCUCAUUGGCUCAGAAGGCUAAUUGAUGAUUAGAAAACCCUUGUGCAAUCAUGUUCACACAUCUGAAAACAGUUUAGCUCGUUACAGAAGCUACAAAACUGACCUUCCUUUGAGCAGAUUGAGUUUCUGGAGCAUCACAUUCGUGGGGUCAAUUAAACGCUCAAAAUGUCCAGAAAAAGAGAACUUUCAUCUGAAACUCGACAGUCUAUUCUAGUUCUUAGAAAUGAAGGCUAUUCCACAAAAUUGUUUGGGUGACCCCAAACUUUUGAACGGUAGUGUAUGUCUUCAUUAAGCACAUUUUCUUGCCUUUGAGUCAUUCCGGACGCUGAAUGUGAAAGUGAAAGAAAAGUGUCAGAAAGUGUCAAUGUGCAUAUGUUUGUUGUCUAGAUUGCGAUUCAGAAAAAGUUUUACACAGGUCUGAGCAUGAUAACAUUAGACUUAGACUUAGACUUAGACAAACUUUAAUGAUCCACAAGGGAAAUUGUUCCACAUAGUAGCUCAGUUACAAAGGAUGGAAAGGAUAAUGCACACAAGGCCACAAAAAGAGGGCGAAAACAAAAGGUAUAAAGUAUAAAAUACAAAUGAAAUAGCAAUAAUAAAUGAUAAUAAGUAAUAAUUGAUCAUAAAGAAAAUAAUAGGUAUAAAAUAAACAUGAAUGUGCAGUGAGAGUGUCUCCGUGGUAAAAAAGCCCCGUAUGCACGCACAAACCUCAUUUAAAUAAGGCGGUCUGCACACUUUACAAUUGCACACGCAGUGUUAGUCGAUCACAUGCAACACGCACACUAAUAGUACACAGCAUUUUAUUUUUUGCACACGUUAUAUAGCGUUUGGUAUGUGGAUCUUAGUCAAUCAGGCCCAUAGUACGCAAUAUGAAAUAUAUGAAAUCGCCUCCAGUCUUCUGUAGGUGACGUCAGCAGGCUGAUGCAGGCCAGCCCACAUUUUGCAGCUAAAAUUGGACGUUCCAAAAUGUGCUGAAACCCGGCGUCCCCAACCUUUUUUUGCACCAGGAAUCAGUUUAAUAUAGGCAAUUAUUUUUACGGAGUGGCCUUUCACCUAUGGCGGAUAUACAGCUACAAUAAGUGCGUUGAAAAUACAACUCUCCAAACCGUUGAAUUAGUGGGAGCCCUGAGCUUGUUUGUUUGCAAUGAGAUGGUUUUUGCAAUGUAGAUGUAUAUAUUAUAUACUAUUUGUAUACAAACCCCGUUUCCAUAUGAGUUGGGAAAUUGUGUUAGAUGUAAAUAUAAACGGAAUACAAUAAUUUGCAAAUCCUUUUCAACCCAUAAUCAAUUGAAUG